AGCAAAACCUUUGCAACAACAACAAAACACAAUGUCCGCUCACGUCUAAACACUGUUAUUUCUCUCUCUGCACCCCACUCCUUCGUACAUCAGUCCAUCCCCCUCUAACCACUUCAACUCGACCGUUAUUUCUGCAAUCUAUAAAAUGUCAACAAUAACAACAACUGUGGCCCCGCCGCCCACAACAACAACCACAGGUGGCGGUGGAGGAGGAGGAGGCCGCACUGCCGAUUGCCGCAAAUUUUCACCGAAUAUCUUCAAUAAAAGCAAAUGCAGUCACUGCUUUCGUCAACGAGAGGAGCACUCGGCCGCCGCCUUGGAAUGCAAUAGGGCAUCGCGCAAGGUCUCCAAAUGCGGAUAUCUGUUUGUGGCACCCGACUGGGACUUUAGCAAUCCAUUGUACAGAACAAAGCGCUGGCAGCGACGAUGGUUUGUUCUCUACGAUGAUGGCGAGCUCACGUAUUCGGUGGAUGAUUAUCCCGAAACCAUACCGCAGGCCUGCAUUGACAUGACCAAAGUGCUGGAGGUGACCGGGGCCGUGGAGGUUACAGGUCAUCCCAAUUCCAUAGCCAUAACCGCACCGGAGCGUGUCACCUUCGUGAAGGGCACCAGCUCCGAGGAGUCGCAGUGGUGGCUCAACAUUCUGGCGGCCUUUCCCAAAUCCAAGGGUCGCCACAAGCGCAGCGCCACCCUGCCGGGCGGCCAGGUGGUUGGCAGCCUGCGGCAGUCGAGCAACAUGGACAUGUCCACGAAGCUGGGCAAUCGCCACAGCUCGUACCACAAGGACACGCUCACGUCCUCCCAGUCGGCGGGCAAUUUGCUGAGCAGCCUGGAUCUGAGUCCUAGUUCUACGAAUACCGGUGGAUCCACCACGGUGACCAAUACCCAGGGCACUGUGGACGAUGACGAGGAGGAUGAUGGCGUGGAAACGGGCGAGGAUGUCGACGAAGAGGACGAGGAGGAUGUGCAGCCAAGGAAAUCGAAGGCAUCGACCAGCUGCAUCAUCGGACAGGAUGAGAACAAUCGAAAUGCCGGCAAUGAGAUCACAAAUCGGGUUUCCCAACCCAACACUUGCCUACUCAUCGAGGACAUACGCCGGGAUGAGAAGACCAUCAAGGACAUUGCCAACACCAUAACGAACCUAAGUCAACAGCAGAGCAAACGCUGGUCCACGGCCGUCAAUAAUGCGCUGAACAAUCAGCACUCCUCCCAUUACCACACCCAUGGGCACGGACAGUACCAGACAUCGCGGGACGAGACGGAUUUCCAGGUAUCCUCCGCCAGCAACAACAACAACAGCAACAAGUCCCCGAGCAGCGGUGGAAGCGAGAGACCAAAGUCACUGCCACUGGCGGCCAACUCCACGCCGGCCAUCGUCUCGGCCAUAGUCAAGAAGAUACCCACGGUGAUGGUGUCCCAGCAGCAGCAACAGAAGCAGCAGCAGCAGCACCAGGGGGAUAGCCUCUCUAAGACGAAGACGCCGACCCGUCUGCAGCUGCAGCUGAAGCCAGCGAAGCACUACCAGCACGAGAGAGGCGAUCCCGAUGGGGGCUGCAACAUGGACGAGCUGUGCCCCAACUACAUGGCCAAAACGGACGAGCUGCGAUCCGUGAAGGGAGGCCUCAGCAUCAAGUCCAGCUCCUCCUCCUCCUCCGGGGCGAGCAAACCCUCAGCCAAGGCCGCCACGGAGGAGUCGCUGAACGCCAAGAAGGGGUGGCUGAUGAAGCAGGACAACCGCACGGGCGAGUGGUCCAAGCACUGGUUCACCCUCAGCGGAGCGGCUCUGUUCUACUACCGCGAUCCGCUGUGCGAGGAGCGGGGCGUCCUGGACGGAGUGCUCGACGUGAACAGCCUGACGAAUGUCCUGCCAGAGCCGAGUGCCAGCAAGCAGCACGCCUUCCAGCUGAUCACCUGGGACAAGCAGCGCCUGCUGCUGGCCAGCCUCUCGCCCAGCUCCCGCAACAGCUGGCUGGCGGUGCUCCGCAGUGCCGCCGGUCUGCCCCAGCAGCUGGACACGACGACGCCCACGACGGGCGCCAAGCAGACGGACAUCGAGCAGGACUUUAUCAAGGCCCAGCUGCAGCCUGUGGCGAGUCCGGCCACCACGCCGGGCACCCCCGCCGGGACAGGACCCCACUUCUCGUCCGACGAGGAGUACCGCACCGCCUCGGAGGGCGGGCGCAGGGACAGCCUCGACUGGGGCUCCCCGCUGUCGCCAUCCCCGCCCGUGCUACGCAGCUGCCUGCGCAACCGCAGCCUCGCGAGCCUCCACAAGCGCAGCCGCAGCUCUCCGCCCAGCUCCAGGCGCAGCACCGUCGACAGUGUGGCCAGCGACGAGCUGCCCCUCCUGGUGGUGCCCGAGGAGCUGCUGCAGCCGGAUCGGGAGCUCAAGCAGCAGUGCGAGACGCUGCGCGCAGAGGCCACCCUGCGGGAGGCACGAAUGUCGGAGCUGCUGACGACCCUGCAGCGGACGGAGCAGCAGCUGACGGCCCGCCUGCAGGAGCAGCAGCAGCAGCUCAACGGAGAGCUGGCGCAGGCCAAGCAGAGUGCCGCCGAGCUGAUGCACAGCCUCAGUCUGCAGCUGUCGGAGAGCCAGUGCAAGAUCAAGCAGCUGGAGGACCGCCUGGCUCAGGGCAUCGAGGAGAACGAGAGCCUGUACAAGCGUCUGAGGGAGCUCCAGGCGGAGGGCAGCCAGGUGGCGAGCCUCAGCAAUCUGCAGCGCCACAAAAUGAAGCGCAUGGACUCGCUGAGCGACCUCACGACCAUCAGCGACAUCGAUCCGUACUGCCUGCAGCGGGACUCCCUGGCGGAGGAGUACAACGAGCUGCGGUCGCGCUUUGAGAAGGCCGUCAACGAGAUUCGGGCCAUGAAGCGGGAGCUGAAGCAAUCCCAGAACCAAUACGACGCCCUGGAGCUGGCCCAGGCGGCGUUGCAGCAGAAGCUGGAACGCUGCCAACUGGAGGAUGGGGCGCAGCUUCAACUGAUGGCCGCCCGCAUCCAGGAUCUGACUCUCAAGUACAGCAGCUCGGAGCGACAGGUGCGAGCCCUCAAGCAGAAGCUGGCCAAGUCCGAGCGCAGGCGAUCGCUGUCGCUCAAGGGAAAGGAGCAGCUGGAGCUGAAGCUCAGCGAGCUCCAGAGGGAGACGAUCGAGCGCAAGUCGGUGGAGAGCAUCAGUCCGCCCACAGAGUCCUCGAGCAGCGAGUCUGCCAGCCAGUCCCCGCUGAAUGCCCAUCUCCUGCAGCGUCUGCACAGCCUGGAGCAUGUGCUGCUGGGCAGCAAGGAGCGCCUCGAGCAGAGUCUCACGCAACUCCAGCAAAUCCGCGCAGGACAGAGGAGUCGUCGCUCCGUUUCCCCCAUGAAUGACAGGAAGGAUGGUCUGCGGCAGCUGGAACGCGCUCUGGCCGAGACCUGCGUGAUGGUCAGCGAGCAGAUGGAGCUGACCUGCGUCCAGGAUGCCUGCCACAAGUGCUGCGACCUUCGACAGAGGGUGGAGAAGCUCUCGGCCCUGCAACAGCAGACCGAAACGGAUCUGCAGCGCAGCGAACAGCUGCUGGAACAACGAGAGAGCGACCUCGCCCAGGCCCUGGAGAAGUGCGCCAGCCAGGAGCAGGAACAGGAGCUGCUCCUCCGACAGCGCAACGAACUGAGCGACGAGCUGGGCAAACAGCAGGAGCGCUGCAAGCGCCUCGAGAAGCGUCUGGAGCUGCUCGAACGGGAGCACGGAAAGCAGCUGGAGUGCCUGCGAGAGGUGUACCACAACGAGCAUGUCAAUGCGGCCGACGAGCAGAGCUUCCGUAAACGCUACCAACUGGAAAUCGAACAGCUGAGGACGCUCUGCGAGAAGGGGCUGAGUGCCAUGGAGACCUCGCAUCGGAGAAUCACCUGCGAUCUGGAGCAGCAGCACAAGCUGGAAAUCGAGCGACUGCUGGCCGAAAAGGAGACCGCUUUGGCAGAGGAAACUCAGGCAACCCUGGCCGCUCUGGAUGCCAUGCGUAAAGCCCACCAGAGCGAAGUGCAACGCGAGGUGGCACGCUUCAAGCAGGAGUUCCUGCGACAGGUCCAGCGGGGAGAGCACAUGCGGGAAGAUGGCACCACGCUGAAAGAAGAGGAACUCGAAGAACUUCGCCUGGAAAUUUUAUCGUUUUCCGAGAAGUACUCCAUCAAGUGUGUGGAAAAUGCCGCCCUGGAGGAGAAACUGCACUUGGCCAACAGCAGAUUAAGGCACUUUCAGCAAAUGCAACAGCUGGAACUGAGAAAUAAGCAAUUUCGUGCCCAUUUGGCAUCGGAGGAUCCAGCGAAUGAUGUGCAUUUUGUGCAGGGCCUGACCACGGACCACACCAGAGAGGGUGCCCACUGUGAAGAUAGCGAGCCUGUACCAACCGAACCCGUACCCGUACCCACAGUACAGUGUGCACCAGAAAUAGUGGCUGAACCAAGAACCACAACCACAUUGGGAACAAGCAGCGAUACCGAAUCGAUACCGAACCCCCAGAACCCACACCCAGCGCCAGCGCCAGCACCAGCGCCAGCGACAGCCAAUGAAUUCGUGGAGCAAAGCCUUUUCGUGAUACCCUCCCAUAUGCUAAAUUGUUCCCCAGUGCCCGCCGCAAACCAAAACCAAAAUCAAAGCCCAAACUCUUCUGAUCAGAUGCGAGCGAUCCAGAGCGAGUAUCCAGCGCUCGAGGACGGCUACGAGCCGUGCUACCGGCCGUUCGAUAUAUUUGCCAUCUAUCAGAAUCGUUUGAGCUUCCAAGGUCUAAGAGGCAGCUCGACGUUUGGCAAAAGUCUGCGAAAAUCCACAGCACAGACAGCAUCACCAGCAUCAUCAGAAUUAAUAGCACCCAGAUACAGCAGCAGCACCCAUACAGCACCGACAACCAAUCCAAAUAAGCCCAGUCACAAGCAAAUGUUUAAAACGGCUGCCGUCAUUAACAUGCAACUCCACGAAGAAAAAGCACAAUGAACAAAA